CAGGCGGCUGCCCACGUGGGCGGAGGUCGCGGGCGGCUGCGGGGCGGCGCUCAUGAGCCGCUACCUGGUGCCGCUGUCCGCGCUCGGCUCGGCGCUGGGGGCCGCGGUGCUGCUCAAGGACCAUGUGGCUGGAGGGAGGUGUCCCAGCAAGGCCACCAUCCCCGGGAAGACCGUCAUCGUCACGGGCGCCAACACGGGCAUCGGGAAGCAGACGGCCCUGGAGCUGGCACGGAGAGGUGCCACGGUCAUCCUGGCCUGUCGCGACCUGGACAAGUGUGAGGAGGCCGCGCGCUUCAUCCGUGGGGAGACGCUCAACACUCGCGUGCGCGCCCGCCGCCUGGACCUGGCCUCCCUGCGCUCGGUCCGCGAGUUCGCGGCCGGGGUCAUCGCAGAGGAGCAGCAGGUGCACGUGCUGGUUAACAAUGCGGCCGUCAUGCGCUGCCCCCACUGGACCACGGAGGACGGCUUCGAGAUGCAGCUGGGGGUCAACCACCUGGGCCACUUUCUCCUGACCAACCUCCUGCUGGACAAGCUGAAGGCGUCGGCCCCCGCGCGCGUCAUCAACCUCUCGUCCCUGGCACACGUGGCCGGACACAUGGACUUCCAGGACCUGAACUGGGAGAAGAGGGACUAUGACACCAAGGCCGCCUACUGCCAGAGCAAGCUGGCCCUCGUGCUCUUCACCCGGGAGCUGGCCCGGCGGCUGCAAGGCACCGGCGUGACCGUCAAUGCUCUGCACCCUGGGGUGGCCAGGACGGAGCUGGGCAGACACACCGGCAUGCACAGCUCUGCCUUCUCCAGCUUCACGCUCGGACCCAUCUUCUGGCUGCUGGUCAAGAGCCCCCAGCUGGCAGCCCAGCCCUGCACGUACCUGGCUGUGGCGGAGGAGCUGGAAGGCGUCUCUGGGAAGUACUUCGAUGGAUUCAAAGAGAAGGCCCCGGCUCCCGAGGCUCAGGAUGACGAGGUGGCCCGGAGGCUCUGGGCUGAGAGUGCCCGACUGGUGGGCUUGCAGGAGUCCCCUGGGCCCUCUGUGAGCGCACAGCCUCCCCCCAAAUAAACACAGGACACAGGAGCAGGUGUGAAGGCCCAGCCUCCAGGGCGGAGCCUCAACACAGCCUGGGCGGACUACCCUGCCUCAGCACCUCUAGGUGGCAGUGUGGGACAAGGAUCCUGGAGUGCGGAGCCUGCAGCAUCCUCUAGGUGGCAGCAGUGAGCAAGGAGCCUGGAGUGCCAUGCUCACAAUAUCCUCUUGGGAUUGUUGGACAAGGACCACUGGAGUGCCGUGCCUGCAGCUUCCACUAGGUGGCAGCGUCGAGCAAAGAAUGCUGGGAUGUCAUGCAUACAGCAUCCACUAGGUGGCAGUGUUGGGCAGAGAAUGUCGGGUGCCAUGCAUACAGCAUCCACUAGGUGGCAGCGUCAAGCAAAGAAUGCUGGGGUUCCAUGCCUGCAGCUUCCACUAGGUGGCAGUGUUGGGCAAAGAAUGCCAGGAUGCCAUGCCUACCGCAUCCACUAGGUGGCAGUGUUGGUUAAAGAAUGCCGGGAUGCCAUGCAUACAGCAUCCACUAGGUGGCAGCGCAGGACAAGGAAUGCUGGGGUGCCAUGCCUGCAGCUUCCACUAGGUGGCAGCGCAGGACAAGGAAUGCUGGGGUGCCAUGCCCGAAGCUUCCACUAGGUGGCAGUGCAGGACAAGGAAUGCCACCGCUCCUGUGCACACGUGCCAGUGUGGGCCAAGCCGUGUUAUCCUGUUCUCUCGCCUUUCUGGCCAGUGGAAUCAGGCAGCACUUGAGCACCUGAGCCGGGCAGUGGUGGAGCCCCUGCCCUGCCGCCCAUAGGAGCUGGGCCAGCAGACGUCCCCCCCCCGAGGAUCUAGCUCACCGUGGACACAUCAGGUCAGAGGCCACCGUGGGGUGGGAGCCGACAGCUCGGGCUUCCCUGUGAGACUCCAGCCUCUCCAUGCCUCAGUUUCCCCGCCUGGACCACGUGUAGAAUAACCCCGGGACCUCGGGAUGCCGCUGCCUGGCCUGGGACCCCGGGGACAGGACAUGCCUGCUCAGGAUGUCCCACGUGCGGCUGCCCAAGGCUGUGGCCUCUCAGACUUGCUGAGGUUGGUCCUGGGCCUGGCCCGCCAGAACCCGCAGGUGCGCCUGGCCCCACGUGUCAGCACCAGCCUCACAGCACAGCAGGCCCGUUCCUGUCAGGACGUGGGGCGGGGGAAGAAUCCUGCACAUCCAAGCGUCAGGUCCCCGGUUUGGUCUCUGGUGUCACAUCUUAUGCUGGAGUGAUGCUCUUGUUCUGUCUCCUGUGAAAUAAAUAAAAUCUGUAAAAAGUAA